UAGUUUUCGUACAUCCUAUGCCACCAACUGCUUGACUAAUCUCCCCAUCUUCUUUACGACCAGUUAAUAUGUUCAAUUCUAAUGCCAAACUGAGAUAAGGCUUGUUUUGAUGUGUUCAAAAUGAGUCCAAGGAUUACGGCAGAUCCAAGGGCAUCUUUUGCAUCAUAGAAGUUGGAUCUGAAAGCAAGCCAUAGAUAUUGGAGAUAAUAUAUUUUUUUUCUUUUUUUUUCCCCUUUCUUUUUCUCGUAAGGCAAAGGAAAGAUACUUUCAGGAAGAGUCCAAACACUUAUGGCAGAAGACAUGCCUAGAAGGCCCCAACUUGGGAGCAAGUGUUUUCUUUUGGGGGUAGGGUGGGGAGUUGUUAGUUUAGUGGUUGGCCAGUACCACAUUGCUAACCAACCUGGUCCAAGAUCACCCCUUUUUUCAAAGAAGAAGGUUUAUUAGUGGGGGAAGAUCUAGGCAUUCUUUCAUUCAAAUGCCACUCCCUCUCCAAGCAGUCAUCUCUACACCAGACCAUGGGGAAGGUCAUUGAGAUUACAAGAAGAUCUAUUCAUGCUUUCUUCCAGAGCUACCACUCCUUUGCCACAACUGCCGCCCUCCUUGUCUUCCCUGUCUCCGCAGCCACCCUCCUCUCCCAAUCACUCACUCUCUCCUCUUCCCCGAUCCUCCGAACAGUCUCUUCCCGCCUCCGGCUGCUCUUUGAAGCUGCUGGUUUCCCCGCCACCUCACAGUUCUUCUCCCUCCUCAGCUUCAAGAUCUCCCAGACCAUCUUAACAUCCAUCUCCACUCUUCCUUUCACCCACAUCUUCCUAAUCCUUGCCAAAGCAUCUGUCAUCCAAAUCAUCCAUGAAUUCCCCCGGUGCAGGCUCGCACUGCCACCAUUCUCCUCUCUUCUCCAUCUUUAUCCUUCCCUCUUGCUGACAAAACUCACCAACUCCUUAGCCAUCCUCUCUGCUAAUGCUACCAUCUUCUCUAUCCUAUUACUAGUCUUCAAUGUUGCAGACAUCCUCCAUCUUUCUUCAAGCAACUCCAUGCUAGUCCUCUCUGCCGCAAGUGCCAUUUUCUAUUCCAUAGUCAUUGCCAACACCAUGGUGGCCUGCAACCUAGCAAUUGUCAUCUCUGCCAUGGAAAACAGUGGUGGGUAUCUCUCCAUCCUCAAGGCCCUUGUGCUCAUCAGAGGCAGGACAGCAACUGCCAUAACACUAGCUCUGCCUGCCAGUCUCAGCAUGGCUGCAGUAGAAGCUUUGUUUCAGUGCAGGGUGAUGAGACCAUACCGUCUGUCAGGCAAUUCGAAUCCAUCUGUCAUUUGGGAAGCCUUCUUGAUCACUUAUAUAUAUUCACUCCUCAUAGUCCUCGACACGAUCAUCACCUGCAUGUUCCUGAAGAGCUGCAAGAUGGGUGAAGGAUCACAUUGGUAUGCAUAUGAUUGUCAAACAGAUAGUGAACCAGAAGCCAAAGGUGCUCAGCAAGCUUGAUACCUCUAGAGAUUUCAAUGCAGUUGAGGAGUUCCUGCUUUGACUCUUGCUAUUUAUGUGACUGCAAGAACAUAACUUUCAGCUACUGCUUCAGAUGUGCAAGUUCACAUAUAUGGCAUCAAUGCAACAAUGUAUUCUUCCUAGAGAAAAAAAUGUACAGCAAAUUUUAUAAUGAAAGCAGGACCUUUGCAGCGCAGCUCCACCAAGAGAAUGGAAAAGAUGCCCCACAAUCCCCCAAUC